GUACAGUUUGUGACGGCCGGUUUAUUAUCUAUCUCUCUAUCGUCGAUCGUCUUUCUCAAAUUUUUUCAUCUCAGACCAGAAUUCGAACAUCGCCGUGAAUGGCAUCGUGCUCAACAAUUAGCGGUAACGCUUUCCGGUGUUACUCUGAAACGCUGCGUUCUGCUCCUCGACAACAACAACAAUGCGGCCGCGUAACAAUGCCUAAUCAUUCCUCUCUCUUCUCCUUUAACUCCUCCCCCAUCAUCGCUCAGACUCUGGGUGCUUCUCCUUCUCGGCGGAGUAUUCCGGUAAGAGCGAAAAUGGCGGCGUCGGAAGGCUCGAUUAAAGGAAGCAAUAGGAUGCUGGUAUUCGUGCCACCACAUCCUUUGAUCAAACACUGGAUCUCUGUCCUGAGAAACGACCAAACUCCUUGUCCCAUUUUCAGGAGUGCAAUCGCUGAACUAGGGAGACUAUUGAUGUAUGAAGCAUCUCGAGAGUGGCUGCCAACUGUUGUUGGAGAAAUCAUGUCUCCAAUGGGUGCUGCUGCUUCUGUUGAAUUCAUUGAUCCUAGAGAGCCUAUAGCGGUUGUUCCGAUUUUAAGAGCUGGUCUUGCUCUUGCAGAACACGCAUCAACAGUUUUGCCUGCAAAUAAAAUAUAUCACUUAGGAAUAAGUCGGGACGAGGAAACACUUUUGCCUUCGGUGUACCUCAACAAGUUGCCUGAUGAAUUUCCCGACAACUCGAGAGUCUUUUUGGUGGAUCCAAUGCUUGCUACAGGCGGUACCAUAAUUGCGGCGAUGGAUCUGUUGAAGGAACGUGGUUUGUCUGUUCAGCAAAUCAAAGUUAUUUGUGCGGUUGCUGCACCUCCUGCCCUAUCUAAGCUUAACGAGAAGUAUCCCGGGCUUCAUGUGUAUACUGGAAUUAUUGAUCCUGAAGUCAAUGAAAAGGGGUUCAUAAUCCCUGGGCUUGGAGACCCUGGAGACCGCAGUUUCGGGACAUGAAAACAAGUCGGAGGUUUUGGUUAAGCUUUUGAUGAAGUGAUGAUUCUUGUGUUUGGUGAAAGGUCUAUGAUAUGUAAGAGAUCACAUUGGAGAAUAUGAGUUCCUGAAUAUUAAGAAAACAAAAGAAGAAACUUGUAAACACCAGUUUUGCUUCGUCCAGAUUUGUAUGUGUAUCAUUGUCAUCUGCUAGUGAAACAAACAACUUUGUCAACAAAACUACUCUUUGAAAGAAAAUUAAACAUUAUAAUCUUGUAAUUAGGAUGGAGCUAACUUGUUUAUUUCAUUUAUAUGUUCCAUG